AUGUCAUUCGUAUACUCCGAUGACGAGACGUGCUGUCCAAGCUGCACGUCUUUCGAAACAGACCGAACGCUAGUUCACGAUGCUCUAGAGCCGAGACCUGCUUCGAUCACGGAACAAGUCCUCGUCGUCUAUAAGUUCGAGGCACUCAGUCACCCGAGCUAUCCGGAGGUUAUCAACUAUCAGUAUUUCUGGAGUCUGGAGAAGAAGAUCAAUUACAAUAAGCGCUAG